AUGUCACCCAGGAUCAGCCUUUUCACAGCCAACAAGGCGGCUUCCGCCCUUCGCCAGUCCUCCACCGUUGCGUGCGCGCAGCGGAGCGUCGCUCUCCCUCUCCGAUUCCGCGACCAGUCGGCUCCAGUCCAGAAGAGAUGGAACUCGUCACAGAACAAUAAGAAGGGUCUUUCGCCGGACGAACAGAGGUUCCCUACCCAGGACCCGCUUCCUCAUGUCGGUGAGGAGGCUGCCGAGAUGGACCGCAUUAUGAGCAAGGAGAAGAGCUGUGAUGGCCAGCCGUCAAGUCCGGAGUUGGAACAAGGGAGCCCAGUUGCUGAUAUCCUGAAGCGCGACAAGGAAGGCUUGAAGCACAUGCCCAAGGUCAUGCAAGAUCAAUUGAAGAAGAGCGCCGGUGGCUCUCGCUCGUUCUCGACUUCGGCUCGCAGCCGUCUGCCCGACGUGCAGAACGUUGAACCCCAAGACGAGAUUUCCGCUGCUGUCCUUGCCGACAUGAUCCAGCAGGUGAACGAGCAGGCUGCUGCGCGGCUGCCCGAGGGGUUGAAGUUUGAUGUGCCAGUCCUGCCGGCCCAGAAGAAGACGUUGAACUUCCGGAAACGCUACGACACGAUGCAGGAGCAGUUCACCAAGAUGCUCAUGCAGGACGGCAAGCUGGCCCGCGCCCAAAAGAACAUGUCUAUUAUCCUAGACCACCUCCGCACCUCUUCUCCCCCCAACGUCAACCCCCGUCGUCCUCUCAUGGGUGGCCCUCCUGCUCCUCAGCUGCCCCUCGACCCCGUCCUCUACCUCACUUGCAUUAUCGACUCGGUGGCUCCUCUCUUCCGCAUUCGCCAACAGAAGGGUAUCGCUGGUGGUGGUACUGCCGUGCAGGUUCCCCACCCCCUCAACCUCCGCCAACGUCGCCGUGCCGCAAUCAAGUGGAUUUUGGACGCAUCGGAGAAGCGACGUGACGCACAGCUGGCCCACCGGGUUGCCAACGAGCUGGUAGCCGUCGCCGAGGGUCGCAGUGGUGUGUGGGACCGCAGAGAUCAGCAGCACAAGAUUGGUAUUUCUGGCCGUGCGAACCUGGGACUUGCGCCUCGUCGUCGGUAA